UAGCUACGCCCUUUGACCCCACCCCCAAAAAGAGUCGCUGGCUGCAUGCGUCUCGUUGUGCUUCUGUCCUGCCCGCAUGAUGGCUGCCUGGACUCUAAAUUAGGAACCGGUGGGACGCAAUACAUAACAUACAGGCUUUCAACCUCGGAAGGGAAGCGUUGACCUGCAAAUAACCAAGCGGCACGGCGGAAAAGGGUGGCUAGCUAACUAGCUAACAGAAGUGUGGAUUUGACUGCAUGUUCCUCUAAGCCUGACACUCCUCUUCAAUGGCUGCUGCUGGCUCCACCACUGUGCCUGAGGGGUUCCACUAUGAGACCAAGUUCAUUGUUCUCAACUACCUGGGCCUGCUCCCACCCUCCAGAUCUCAGGGCCCUGCUGCUGAAGAGAGGAACAGGGAGCUGAAGACGGAAAUCGAAGCGGAACUCAGGCGGCUGAAGGAGGAGAUUGCUGCCUCGGCCUCCAGUACAGGCUUCGACUGCGACACGUCCCCGGUCUUCAGCCCCGCCAACCCAGAGAGCUCCAUAGAGGACUGCCUGGCGUCCCUGGGGGACCGCGUGGCCCGAGACCUGGAGACACCCCUGAGCUCCGCUCUGCAGACCCUCCUCAACGCCCCCCUGGAUUACGAGCGUUUCCGUGACGCUGUGCUGGAGGUGUCCUCUCACUCCCAGGGGGACUGGAAUAAGGUGCUGGUGCCUUUAGUGCUGCUGCAGACCCUGCAGGGGGAGGGCCAGACCCUGGCCACUCUGCUACCGCUGGGGGUGCGUUACCUGGAGGAAACUGAAGCGGACUACAUUAUCCAGCAGGGCGGAUGGGGUACGGUGUUCAGCCUGGAGGUAGAGGACGACGCGGGCGUGGUCAUAGCGGAGGACAGUAACGACAUCUACAUCCUGUCGGGGGAGCAGCCGGACCAGCUGAGCCCGCCGGCGUCGCUGCUGGACGCGGGGGACGGCAGCGGACCCGGGUCCUGGCAGACGGAGAGCCUGCCUGUGUCUCUGCCCGAGUCGUGGGCGCAGGUGAUGGACCCCGAGGACGCCAAGAGCCUGGACAGCAGCGAGGGCGGGGCGCUGGCCGAGGAGCGCAGCGAGAACAACUCCUCCAACUCGGACAUCGUGCACGUGGAGCGCGAGGAGGCGGAGCUGCAGGAGAGCGUUCUGAGCGUGCUCGGCAGUGACAGCGAGCUGGCCGAGCUCCGCGCCGAGGCCUCGCCGACCCCCGACCCCCCCGCCCCCCUGGAGGAGCCCGCCCCGGAGGAGGCUCCGGCCCCCGCCUCUCUGGGAGCCGAAAUGGAGCCCCCGGCCCCGGCCGCUCCGCUGUCGGAGCUGGAGCCCCCUGCCUCCGCCCCCGUAGAGGCCCCGGAUGUUUGCGAGGCCCCGGCCCCCAGCCUGGAGCUCGCCCCGCUCCCACAGCCUGAGCCUGAGCCUGUCACAAUCCCGCCUGAGCAGGAGCCGCCCCCGGCAGAGCCCCAGCCAAUCACGGAGGAGUCCGCCCCUGCGCCUCUGGCCAUGCCCCCUGUGGAGGAGCCUCCCAUCGCCCCGCCUGAGGAGGCCCCAGUGCAGACAGAGUCCCUGCCCCCCGAGUGCCCCCCGUCCCCUGAGUCUCCCCCACCCUCGGAGCUCCCCGUGCUGCUCUACGGCGGCGCCGCCCUGGUGGCCAUCGCUGCACUGGUGGCGUACGGAGCCCUGGCCUACAGGAAGAAAUAGAGAAGCCCCCCUCACCUCUGCCCCCACCCUCACCCCGGCUGCUGCGGGGUGCACUCUCCCUCUCUUUCUCAUUCCUUUUGUUUUCUGUCAUCUCAUGACACCUUUCCCCCCCCCCCUCUUAAACACAUCACUCCUACAACCCGGUCUGAAGGCAACGGAGUGAUUGUCUUGGUUUCGGUCAGGUGCUUCUAUUCUGAAUACAUGUUGGUGAAUUGGUUCGAAUCCUCCCACGCCUGUAGGCUGGAGGGGGGUCUGUCAGCUGUCUAUAGCUAUCUGGGAGGGGGAGGGGACAAUGAGGGAGCCAUAGUUUGCGAUGGGGGCUAACUGGGGUGAGUUGUGUUCAGUACAGUGACCUUUCAAAUUUCGGUGCAGUCACAGCAGGCUUUUAACUCGUGGCACAAUAGACACAAAGAACAGCGGUCAUCUGAUUGGAAAAUGGAUGGCCGGGCUUUCUGUCCUCUCACUUGGCUCCUGUACGGCAGUUCCACUGUUCUGCUAUCUUGUGUUACAAACGGAGUCACUAACGAACGCCCGGCCCCAAAAACUCUUACACGGAGCCCUUUCUAAUUCGUGACAGCAGGAAGUGGUUUGCACUGGAAAAAACGGUCUUGCCGGCAGUUCAGUGUUUUAGCAGGCCCACAUGCCUUGCACCCCAAAGAUGAAACAACUCUUUCCAUUAUUGUUAGCGGUGUCUUCUGCACCUUACAACUUUUUCCCUUCUAUGCAGUUGCCAGGCUUGGUUGAUGAUUUCUCAGAUUUUUGUAUACCUGGGUAAAAAUUCAGUAGCCCCACAGGCUGCAAACAGACCCCAAAAUUGAACAAGCUAGGCAAACGUAAACGCAUUCGCCACUAUCAUAAACGAGUUGCCACUGGUGAACUUUAGUGUUGUCAGGUUACAGUACUGUUGCCACGACUACUAUGGAGCAAGCACUAUAGUUUUGGGGUACCUGGACAUGGUCAGUAACCUGAGUUCAGUCUGCAGGGUGCUCCAGUCCAGUUUUAACUUGAAAAAUUAUUUUUGUCAACCAUGAUUGCUCCUACCGGUUUUCCCCUUAUUUUGAGAUGAAAUUUGUUUUCUAUAUUCUGAUACAUUCAAGAUUGUUCCUCUAUAUUUAAUAAAAAAUUGACAUUACUGUACUGAGAUGAUAUUGACUCUAAUAUUUUGUUAAACAAAUCGAGAACACCAGGAGUACUGUUUCAAUUUGAAUAAAAUUUUUAUUCCAGAAGUCUCCUCUCUCCAGAUUAAACGUUAGCCAAAUGAAAUGACAUUUUAGGCGUGCUUGCCUUUUAUAGACGCUUCAUCUUAAUAGGAUUGACUUCCUUUUGAAGUUCAGGUUGUACCUAAAUGUGUCAAUUGUAGCUAUCAGGGCAGCGUCAAAGGCCGAAAUGACCAAAUCCUUUGUGCUCCCUCCUGAUGUACCUCUCUCUGAUUCCACAGUUUUACCAUACAGCUGCUGCUAUGCUUCUCACGGGCUAGGCCUUCAUUCCCCAUUUCAGCAGUUCUUCACCACUGCCUGCACUUCAGGUACUGCAGUGCCCACUGUGUCACGGUUUAAUACUCGUGUUAGAAAAUCACUCUUCUGGGUAUUGGCCUUCUGUAGAAUAACUGAUGAUUAAAAUCCUUCCUUGUUAGUUUUUGUAUUUUUGCAAUGGUUUAGAAAUGCUGAGCAUCGAUGGUGAGACAGAACCACUUAGAAAAUGAAAAUGAAAAAAAAUAAUUGGGAUAUUUUAUCAUUAUAUUCUUUUAACGGGGCUCUCCGCUGUCUGCAUUACUAGCUGUGCUGUGCUCUGUGAUUGGCUGGAGUACGAUUUGAAAGCAGCCUGAGGAUAGGUCCAGAUUCCAUGUUACAGUUGCGCAGAACAGCAUCAUCUUUGCACUGUUGUGGACAGCAGUGUAAAGAAUCAUGAAGGUUUCACUUCUGCUACUGUGUCUCAAGCUCACCGAGGGCUUUCAGCUCAGUCUUCAGGGGGUGAAAAACCAAAACAGUUUUUUUUUUCGUUUUUUUGGGGGGGAGGGGAGGCAUAGUUGUAAAAUGGUGAGGGAGUUUCACCGUACCAGUCAUUCUUUGAGAGGAGUAAUUUGUUCAAAGGGUCAUAAGUGACCCUUGUGUAUUAGUGUGUGCGUGUUGUGUGAAUACGGCCCCAGUGCAGUCUGCAGGCACUGCUGUACAGUGCUGAAUCAUCAGUGCUAGACCUGGCCACCUUUUCUGGUUCCUUAUUGAAUGCAGUAGCCCAUCCAGCACUGUCCAUCUCCAGCAAACCCAUAGCAUGUCAUACUGGGACUUGUGCGUCCAGAGUGAGUCUUUGCUACAGUUUAACCAUGCUGAUGUUCCCACUGCAUUCACUACAGUAGAAUUGCAAACCAGGUCCACUCCCCACCUUCAGUGGUCUGGUUGCCUCAUCCACCAAGAACCGAUGGAAACCACUACACAUGAUCCAUAAACAAAUAUCAAUACCAGCACUGCCAUAGACAAUCAAUAAAAACAACACCAUUCCCUUGAUGGGGGGAAAAGGAAUAUUCUUUGCAAAGCAAAAAAAACAACAAAAAACACUUUGCAACUUGGAUAUUUUUUUAUGUCCGUUCUUCAGACCAGCUCUACAUUGUAUGUGCAAUGAGAAUUAAAAUAAUCUGCAUAUGAUGCCUCAGGUGUCAAGUGAAAGAGCACUUAUAUUUUCUUUUCUUUUUUUACAAGAUAAGUCACUACAGCGAGCAUUAGCUACCUUCAGAAAGCAAAUUGAAACUGUGAACGUUGUAAUUGUGCGGUGCAGAUCCUCAUACGAGCCCCUGCAGUCUGAGUGAGGAUCUCGCUUGAGCUUAACAGAGCUGGGGCAUUUCAGCUUCACCUCAGUGUUAUGGAGGCUUAAAAGCGGAGUUUGUACAACUACAACUUUGUUAGUGCUGUUGGUGCAAGACACCUUUGUUGGUCCAGACCUGCUGGCUGUGGAUCCACAGGCAACUCGCCUGUCUGAAAUGGAUGCACAAUGACACCUACUCACAGUCUGCUGCAUAGCCAGGUGCCUGGAAGCCCAGUGCAUGAGGCUUAUGAAUAAACGCCAGAAAAGGACACAUUGUCAGAGUGGGAACCAGUGUUUGGACACUUCUAAUAUAUGGAAAUGUAAAAGGAUGCUGUUAUGUGCACAAGUGUUAUGAGUUGGAAUGCUUAAGAUUCUCGAUCCUUACCUUUGGAAAAGUAAUGGAAUGUUGUCUUUUCAAAUUGGAAGUUUGGAAAGAACAGUAUGGAUGUAAAAGCCCUAGCUUUGUACUUUGUAUUGAGAUUCCUAAGUGUAAAGUUCAAAACCAGGAGUAAUAAAAUCUCUAAACCCUG